AUGGUCAGCACCGACAAGGUCGAUUCGUACUCGAACGAUGCCAAGGGCUCGUCGUCCGACAUCAUCCAUGCCUCGACCCCUGGCAACCAUGUAGCUCCGCUCACCACCGCUUCCGCUGCCGACGGCUCUGCCGGCACGGGGCCUGGUAAGAUGCAUCUCUCCAAGAACUUUAUCGAGCAGGCCGAUGCCGAGCUCCUCGCCGCGCUCGGAUACAAGCAGGAGUUCAAGCGAGAGUUCUCGUCCCUCGAAGUCUUUGGCAUCGCCUUCUCCAUCAUGGGUGUGGCGCCGUCCAUCGCCUCGACGCUCAUCUACUCGCUCCCCAGCGGCGGUCCCGUCAGCAUGGUCUGGGGCUGGCUCGUCGGUUGCUUCUUCAUCGCCAUCACCGGUCUGGCUCUCGGCGACCUCUCGAGUUCGAUGCCCACCUCGGGUGGUCUGUACUACUGGACCUACACGCUGUCGAGCCAGAGGUACCGAAGGUUCCUCUCUUGGACCGUCGGUUACGCCAACACGCUCUCCACCACCUCAGCCGUCGCAAGUAUCGACUGGAGCGUGGCCAUCAUGAUCCUCGCCGCCGCUUCGGUCAUGACCGAUGGCCGCUACGUGCCCACGGACGCACAGACCUACGGCACCUAUUGUGCCAUUCUGCUGAUGCAUGCGAUCCUGACGUCGAUCGGCACGCGUGCGCUGGCUAGAUUCCAGACGGUUGCCACCGUCUUGUGCGCUGGUCUGGCCGUGGCCAUUUGCAUCGUGCUGGGUACAGCCACGCCAUCCGAGUACCGCAACUCGGCCUCGUACGCCUUCGGCGGCUGGUACAACGAGACGGGCUGGUCGAGCUUUGGCGCGUUCCUGCUGGCGUUCAUGACGCCCGCUUGGACGGUGGCGAGCUACGACUCGUGCGUGCACAUCUCGGAAGAGGCGAGCAACGCCGCACGUGCCGUGCCCAUGGGCAUCUUCUUCAGCAUCGUGUCGAGCGGCAUCCUCGGCUUUGGCAUCAUGGUCGCCCUCGCCUUCAACAUGGGCACCGACCUCGAGCCCAUCGUCAACUCGGAGUACGGCCAACCCAUGGCGACGAUCAUCCUCAACUCGGUCGGCAAGACGGGCUUCAUGGUCAUCUGGGUGUUCAUGAUCAUUGUCAACUUUAUGAUGGGCGCCAGCAUGAACCUUGCUUCGUCGCGACAGAUCUUUGCGUUCAGCCGUGAUGGUGCGCUGCCGUUCAGCGGAUGGGUGUACCGCAUCAACAGCUACACGCUCACCCCGGUCAACAGCGCGUGGUGGUCCAGCGCCGUGUCGGCGGUUCUGUGUCUGCUGGGUCUGGUCAACUCGGUCGCCGUAGGCGCUGUCUUCUCGCUCUCGGUCAUCGGCGCAUCCAUCGCCUACACCAUCCCGAUCGUCGCCCGCCUCAUCGCACCCAAGGACAGGUUCAAACCCGGAGUGUGGUACCUCGGCGACUUCUGGUCGCACAUCGUCGGCUGGAUCAGUGCCGCCUGGCUCACCUUCAUCACCGUCAUCGUCUGUCUGCCCUCGUACAUCCCCGUCGAGGCUGCGGCCGACAUGAACUACGCGUGCGUCGUGACCGUCGGCACGUUCGUCUUUAGCUCGGCGUGGUACUACUUCCCCAAAUACGGCGGCGUCAACUGGUUCCAGGGCCCCAGAUCCAACAUCGACGACGAGGAAGUAGCCGCACACCAGGUCGCCACCCAGCUACAGGCCGACGAGGACGCCAAGAAGGCAAAGACGCAGCAGGAGGCGCUCAACCAGACCGUUCAGGUCGACGACUACACCGGCUAG